CAUCGAGGCUUCUUCAGCUUUCACUUGCUACAAACCAUCUCCUUCACGAUGUCGGAAGCCGGUGGCGCCGAUCAGAUGCCAGCAGCACUUCAUGGGCUUGAACACUUACAAAAUGGUAAUAUACAGAUGUUUCCAGUCAUUUAUCCCGUACUUGUUCCGGGGUCAUUCCAUGUGCAGAACGAGGAACAGGUAAAUCGUGGAGCAGGCAUUUAUGCUGUUCCUGUUCUUCCAUUCGCUGGACCCGUAGCAGGAUUUCCGUCCAACAAUCUCAUCCCUCUUACUUAUAAUGUACCAACACAAAGCUCGAGCACUGCAGGUGAAGCAGGAGAGCAGCAACAGGCUGUUCCGCAAAGACAAAUUGUAGUAAGGAGAUUCCAAAUUGCGAUCCAUCUUGACGUGUUACUCAUUAUGAAAUUAGCAGCUGUUAUAUUUCUAUUCAACCAAGAAGGAUCAAGACAAAGGCUUGCUCUCCUUGUGUUUUUUGCUUCCCUUGUUUAUUUAUAUCAAACCGGUGCACUUGCUCCAUUGAUAAGGUGGCUUUCACAAGGAAUGCAGCGACGUGCACAACCACCAAGACCUGCUGCUAGGGCUGAAGGGAUUGAGAAUGCUGUUGUUCCAGAUGAACAGCCCGAUGCUUUGAAUGAGCAUGCGGUAGAAGACAAUGAUGGUAACCGCUGGUGGGGAAUCGUAAAAGAAGUCCAGAUGAUUGUCUUUGGAUUCAUCACUUCUCUUCUUCCAGGCUUUCACAAUAUAGACUAGAUUAUUAUUAGUAUAGAUCUUAAUAAUAUUCAUCGUGAUGC